AUGCAAAUAAUUCUUUCCUUUUAUAAAAGGAGUUCCAAAAAGCGCAAGCUCCUCAUAUGGAAAAUCUUAUAUGCAUAUAAUCGCCCGCGAAGUAUCCCAGUGAUUGUUUCGAUGAAUGUGGCUAAUUUUUUGGUGAGAUACGUUCUCAUAUUUAUAAAGGAAGAUGUGAACGAUCAAAAUUACCAGUUGAUGUGCGAAUCAGCAGCUGAAACCGGAUUAGGCGCCUACCUACAUAAGUGCACGGAUGUUAAGCAUCUUCCGACAACUCCUCAAAAUUAUCUUCAGGAAGGAGAUGAAUUUCAAUCGCACGAUACGAACGAACAGUGCCAACCGUCAUUUGAGGAAGAAAUAGUGACAAUUGCUAGUCGUAAACAUGUUAGCACUUCGUCUGAUAACACUUCUGGAAAAGAAACAACAGUAGUUAAAGUCUACAUUCCACUAUCAAAAGUUCUUUAUCAAAAAAUCAUACAGAUGAAAGCUGAGCCUUGUUUUUCUUUAAAUACGAAAGAAAUCUAUGAAAUAAUUGUUUCUAAGUUGUACAGUAUUUUGGAUAUACGUAUUUUACUGCUUAACUUUAUCUUGCAGGAGUUAAAUUCUAACGAACAAUCGCUUAAGCUUAUGCAUGAGCAUCACUGGAGACAAAUCCACGAGCAGUUAGCAGAAAUCAAUGAAUUCGAAACAAUGGAAGACUGUUUGAUCGAAUGUCGUGAUUCUGAAAAUGCUAAAGAUAAGGUAGAGGAAGUGCUUGUCCAUUCAUUAGCAUCUGGUAAUGAUCUAUCAGGACGUAAUAUGGUAGAAGAAAUUGACAAACAGUGGAACAAGUUGUUUCUAAGAUUUGUAAACGAGGUUAGAAAGGUAUUUUCCUUCAAAAUAAGGGAUUCAGACAACCAGCAUGCUACUGUACCAUCAACAAUCAAUGCUUCGGAGCCAGCAAUCAUAUACUCUCUUGAUCAGUUUAAUAUGUUUUAUAUAGUUCAUCAUUUAAAAAUGAGCCGUCAUUUUUUAAAUGCAAACGAACAGCUCCUUGAGCAAAAAUUUGAUAUUGGAGACACAGAAUGGAAAUUCUCAUUAGAGAUUGAUUUUGAACCUUCGUUUGUUGAAAAUACCGCGAUGAUCACAGAUAAGGUGCACGAUAUGUUAAACAAGUUACUGAAAUGCAAGUUUGUUUGCGGGAACCAUGUCGCAAAAUUAAUACUUCACAUCCGAGAAGUAGAUAUGGAACUAGGUACGGCCGAAAUAUCAGACAAAGAGUGCAUUUUCCAUCUUCACAGCUGUGGGUCUAAAGUAUUGCAGUCAUUGCCGAGAAGAACUGUAGAAUUGCAUAUGAAGCACAUGAGAAUAAUGCAGACCGUAGCUCUGAAUGAAUCCAUAAUUUGUAUCAUAGGUAUAGAUGUUUUUAUUGAACAAAACGCACGAAUCGUGAUACCUAGAAGCUGCACCAACCUGGUACUACAAAACGUAGAAGGAAUGGUUCAAUGUGUCAAUUUUGGAAGGUUUUAUUGCUUUAUAUGCUCAAGGUUUUCGUAUGACAGAGAUGAAAACGGAUAUUUGGGCUUUAGCAUGACACGUGUUAUUUGCGAUUCUGAUCUUGAGCUCAAAGGAAAUUUUAUGAAUUUGGUGCUGGAGAAUGUUUUAGUUACUCAACCGCAUACAAUGCGGUUUACUGGUCUGUUGCGAAAUGCUUUGUUUAGUGGCUGCGUUGGAGCUUUCAACCUUGAUGGAAUGAAUUGUAUAGAAAUAUUUGAACUUACAAAAUUGUUGCAACCAAAUUUCAAUGUCGUUCUACCGUACCAUAUUUGCGUGAUGCAUUUAGUAAAUGCACAAAUACAGCGUGAUCUUGUGAUAGAUAACAGCCUCGAUAGUUUGUAUAUCUCGAAAACUACGAUAGCAGAUGGCAGCGCUUUUAAACUCGAAAAAAGAUGCAGCUAUAUAAAAAUUCUCUGUUCUAGAGGUAAGUACAUUCUAUGUGAUGAAAUGACUCUUGAACCCCUGAACGAUCCGACAAAACAGCAAUUUAGAUAUAAGGAGGUUGAAGAUGGCUUAUGUGACAUAAUGGCCAUCUCAACACAGUUUUUCAUAGAAAAUAGUGAGUGUUAUGUUGUAAAAAAGGUGAUAAUGAUGGAUGUUAUGUUCACAAACACAGUUUUAGUUACCGUAGACAGCAGGGUUGAUUCAUUCAACCUUGAUAGAUUCAAAGGGAUAAUUUCGUUGAAGGGCAUUGUUAUUGGUGAAUUUUUUGGUGAUAGCUUGUCAUCUCUAUCCAUUUCAGAGGCAGUUUAUGACACAAAGAGAAAUGUCUUCGCCAAAGGCUUAGUGGUAAAAACUCCAGUGGAAAUAAGCUGCGACCUGAAUGAAUUAAUGCUAGACAAUGUACGUUUCGACUAUCCUGGCUCAGGAUUUUGUAUUAUCAAGGGCUGUACGAACAUAUUCAUUCGCCAAUAUACGGGUCUAUUGUCCGUUGAGUUCCUCUUCCUGAUUGAUGCUCGAUUAGAGGAUGCGAAAUUGUACUAUAUCGAACAAAAGAAAACUCUUAUCAUGAAGGGCAAAAUCAAAUUAGAUGGAUAUUCAUUACCACAGCAUGUACAGUACAUCGAGCUCAAUACAAUUACUGUAACAAAAACGAACAAGUUUGAUCUGCAUGAUCAGUUGGAAGAAAUUAGAAUUUCUGAAUGUGAAGGGCUAUUUAAUUUGCAUAACCCGUUUGGUAUUUGUUCCUUACAACUUAAACAGACUAGUGUGGUAGAAUUUGUUAACUUAUACGAUAUGAUGAAAAUUGUUAAACUGUACGAUCUAACACUAGAAGGUACAUUGGUUACCCCUAAUCAUGUGAAAUAUCUUAUGCUCAGAGGCAUUAAUGCUAAAGACGAAUCUUUCAUACGGCUAAAUUCGACGUGUCAGCGGCUGUAUGUUGAAAAAUCAACAUGUAAAAUUCAUUGUGAUAACGGCGAAAAAUCAAUGGUUUUGGAUGUUCGAGAUGGAGAACGCUAUUUUUUUGACAGAAAUACUCCAUCCGAACUAUUUUUAUUGAAACUAAUAGGAGGCUGUUUAUCAAGGGAAAUCGUGUUGCUGAACAACAUACGAGUUGUGCAUUUGACCGAAACGAAUGGAAAUAGUGAUCAUCCGAUCGUUAUAAAUAGUGCUUGCACUGAUAUCUACAUUCAAAAGUGUUCUGGUGUUAUAAGAUGUCCAUACUUUGAAAAUUUAGACGCAAUACAUGUUCUUGAGUUCACUGAUAGCAGUUUGAAAAUAUACUUAGAAGCAACGCAGGAUUUGGACAUCCGAAUAGAUUAUACUCUCGAUAAUGGCAUCGUAAUGAGUGUGCAAAUUCACUUAACAAAGCCAUGCUGUCUGUUAUUUUCUUAUUCGCGAGGCGUAAUGGGAGAGUUGCCUGAGAAUGUUGCAAAUUUCCAAUCCGUUCUAGUUCCCUACAUGUCAAACGAUGUUUUACACCACGCUGAGAAUUCUUUCGAUUUAGGAGAUAAUUCUGAACUUGAUAUAUUUAAUGUAUUGAACGAACUCCAUAGAAAUAAUGAAAAAAAAUAUCCAGUGUAUUCUUGUAACCGUAUCAAACAGAUUGCCAUACAUUUAAUUUAAUCAGCAUCCUUCAUCGGUUUGUGCAAGAAAGUGAUAAUCUUUGCCGCAAGCGGUGUCGUUAUUUAAUACUAUUUAUCUCGAAAUGAAUAAGUUUGUAUGUGCAAUCGUGACUUGUGACUAUCCUAAUAUCAUUUAGCGUUUAAAGAAAAAAUUUUUGGUGAUUAGCUGUGC